AUGGCUGACACCCCCUUGCCCGUCGUUCCUGGCACUGUCCACCUGGUCGACGUCGCCGGCCAGCUCUCGUCGGCGCACGCCAAGGGUGACAUUGAGCUUAUCCCGCGCCCCAGCGAUGACCCCGAGGACCCGCUCAAUUGGUCCGACCGCCGGAAACGCCUCUCGGCCGCCAUGAUGGUCGUCUAUACACUCGGCACCGGCUUCGCCAGCACCUUCCACUACUCCCUGCUGGCCGACAUCACCAUCGACACCGGCAUCUCCACCGCUUCGCUCGUCCAGGGCUCCGGCCUCACCUUUCUCUUCCUCGGCUGGGCCUGUCUGCUCUGGCAGCCCGUUGCCCUGACCUUUGGCCGUCGCGGCGUCUAUCUCGGCUCCACCCUGGCUAUGAUCCCCAUGAUGGUCUGGUCUGCCUACAUUCACUCCCUCGGCGAGUGGUACGCCACCCGCAUCCUCAUCGGCAUCUUCCUCUCGCCCAUCGAGUCGCUGCCCGAGGUCUCCGUGCCCGACGUCUUCUUCGCCCACAAUCGCGGCGCCUGGAUGGGCCUCUACGUCUUCAUCCUCUUCGGCUCCAACUUCCUCGGACCCCUCGUCGCCGGCUGGUUCGGCCUCGCCUACGGCUGGCGCUGGUGCAUGAAGUUUGGCGCCAUGGUCGUCGCCCUCACCCUCGUCAUCCUCUUCUUCUUCCUCGAGGAGACCAUGUACGUCCGUACCACGCUCGAGGGCCUCGAGCAACCCGACGACCAGCCGCUCUCCGACGGCCCUCUCUUUGUCGACGACGAGAAGAACCCGUCUGCAGCUGUAGCCGCCAGCAAAGACCCAGAACUGGCUGCUGUCCCCUUUCAGCCUCGCCAGACCACCCACUCCUUCGCUGCCAAAAAGGACUACCUCCAGAAGCUGGCGCCGUUUGUCAACCUGCCCGGCCGUCCCAGCGUCGAGGACAUGUUCAUCGCCAUGUACACGCCACUGCUGAUCCUCCUCCGUUUCCCCUCCGUCGUUUGGGCCGGCUUCAUCUACGGCAUCAAUCUGUCGUGGUAUAACGUGAUGAAUGGCACCGCCAGCCCCGUCCUCAGCGCCGCUCCCUACAACUGGUCCAGCGGCCUCGUUGGUUCCAUCUACAUUGGCCCCAUCGUCGGCGCCGCUGUCGGUUGCCUUUGGGCCGGUGUCGUCGCCGAUCGUAUCACUCUCUGGCUGGCCCGCCGCAACGGCGGCAUCCGCGAGCCUGAGCAGCGCCUCUGGCCACUCGCCCUAUCUUCCAUCCUCUCCUGCGUCGGCCUCAUCACCUGGGGCGUUGGUGCCGCCCACCAGGUCAAUUGGUCCGGCCUGGCCAUUGCCCUCGGCAUCUUAACCUUUUCCGUCGUCACCGGCGGCAGCAUCGCGCUCUCUUACAAUGUCGACAGCUUCAAAGACAUCAGCGGCGAGUCCACCACAGGCAUCAUCAUCGUCCGCAACACCCUCGGCUUCGGCAUAUCCUACGCCAUCACGCCGUGGUACACCAAUAUGGGCCUCCAGAACUGCUUCAUUAUGGCCGGAUUCCUGUCUCUGGGAUGCACCCUAACUUUCCUGUUGAUGAUAUGGAAAGGCAAGGAGUUACGUCGGUGGUCCGCUCCUCGCUACUGGAAAAUGGCUGAAUGA